AUGAAUAAACCAUUUUUCGAGUUAAAUUCGAGUUCUUUCACGCUUGACUGUUCUUCUUCCUCCUCCGCUGAAAUUGAUCCUCUGGAAGCUACUUGGUUACGAUAUGAUUGGAAACUAGCUCCGACAGCCAAGUCUCCAUCGAAUCAAAUCGAAACGGGUUUCUUCUCGUCAAUGGGGUACGAUAGAAUAAGCUCACUACCGGAUUCCUUACUAACUCAGAUACUCUUACACCUUCCGACCAAAGACUCCGUCAAGACAAGCCUCCUCUCGACCAGAUGGAGAAACCUAUGGCUCGAUGUUCCAGGACUAGAUCUCCACUCAAACCACUUCCUUUAUUCCAGUUCCGUCAUCAAAACCUUCACCGACAAGUUUCUAGACCUAAACCGUGAGUCACGCCUCCUAAAAUUCAAGAUUAGGUAUGACGAAUGCAAUGUCUACCUCUUUGGAAUCACCGAAUGGUUCGUUACAGCGAUUAACCGUGGAGCUCAGGUUCUAGACGUUGACACUCUUAGAUCUCCUUACUACAAAGACUUCAUGCCUUUGGAUAUUUACAAGAGCAAGAGUUUGGUCUCUUUGAAGCUUGUUAACGUUGGGUUGUUGAAGCCAGAGUUUGUUGUUUCUUUACCGUGUCUCAAGAUCAUGCAUCUUGAAGAUAUUCAGUACUCUGAUGGUGAUGGUUGUUUGAUCAUGGAGAAGUUUGUCUCAGGAUGUCCUGUUCUUGAAGAUCUGACCUUGUGCAGGUGUUUUGAUGAUAAGUUGGUGCCUGUUGUUCUGCGUGUGAGUUCUCAGGCUCUCAAGAGGUUUUGUGUUACGUCUGGGCAUGGGAUAGAGAAUGAUGCUCAGGGAAUCAAAUGUAUUGACUUUCGAGAUGAUGAUAGAGUCGUGGUCGUGGGGAAGAAUCUGAGCUUCUUGCUCAUGGUGGACAUUGAUACUACUUUGGAAAUGAAGUAUCUAAGCGAUGUUUUAAAUGGGGUUUCUAGUGUAAGACAUAUGAUCAUCUCUCAGCGUACUCUAAAGGAACUAUAUCGUUGCGUAAACAUGGAACCAAUUAGCAAAUUUCAUAACUUGUCUCGUUUGGAGGUUUCACUCUCCAGUCUCUUGUUACAAGUGUUGUCCAAUUUUCUUGAGAUUGGUCCUAACCUAAAGUACCUCACCUUGAACCUAGUUUUUUCAACGAAGAUUGAAGGAGAGAAUCUUGAACUUACUAAUGUUCCUCGGUGCUUACUAUCGACUCUGGAGUGUGUUGAGAUUAAAGAAGUGGUCGCCGGAGAAGAAAGUGGGAUGAUGAGAGUAAGGAUUAGUAAGACAACCGCGUUGAAAGUAGCUAAGCACAAGAAGAAAAUCUGGAUGGAGGUAGUGAGGUACUUUCUAGAGGAUUCGUUAGUUCUCAAGAAUCUCGUAUUGUGUCUCACAGAUUCAGAUAUUACGAAGAAGCUUGUUACAUUCACAAAACGUUUUCGCCGGUGUCAGACUAUCUUUCGUUAGAUGAUGCUUGUGAGUACGUAAUUUAUUGUGAGGUAUCUUUUUGUGGUAGGAUAUCACAACUAGACUUAGCCUUUUAGAGAGAGGGAGAGAUGGUUUAGUAUUAUGUUAAAACUCUUUUGGUCAUGAUAUGUUUUGUACAGAUUUGGAUUUGUUUAACCGUUGAUGACUUAAAAAGG